AUUUUUUUUUCAUAUCAUCAACAACUUACUACUAUCGUCGAUAUUAUAUUUCAAUAGAAUAUUUGUUUACUUAUCUAUCGGCGGUCCUCGUUUCCGUCAUUAUUUUUUUUUCCAUUCGUUUUCCCCACCGCCGCCGUGAACCGUGUAACAAUAGGUAACAUUUAUUACUCAUUUUAUUACAGUCGGUAUUUCGACGACGACGCCUCCGCCGCCGCCCGCCGCCGCCACUUCAAUCCCCACCACCGCUCCGUCACUUCCGCCCGACCAUCCACCGAACCGCGACUGUUGUGUCCGCCGCCAGUCCGCUUCGGUUAUCAGUAAAACGCAGCGUCUCUCGGCGCGACCGACGACGGACACCACCGGCGAGAUCGGCCGACAAAACAGCAUCGAAUAUCGCGCGUCGUCAACUGGUUACGGGUACUCCGACGGCUGCCUGCGCACCGACACUCGCGAGCACACACGACAUGCGAACGCCGAGUCGCCGACGGUGAGUCGAUACCGAUAACGCGCGCCAUGAAUCACGGCGGACGACGGACACCUGGCCGGCAUUGAGCACCAACGACGUCUGAAGCGGAGUCAGUGAACUGCACAGCAGCUGUAGGUGUGUAUCUAUAUUAUUACAUACAUUUUUUGUGGAUAAUUGAUUAUAUUCAAAAUGGCAGUCCACGGCUCUACACCUAAGCGUAAAGAAAUUUACAAGCACGAGGCGCCAUGGCCACUGUACAGUAUGAACUGGUCUGUACGACCUGACAAACGAUUUCGUCUGGCGAUUGGGAGCUUUGUAGAGGAAUACAAUAACAAAGUACAAAUUGUGUCAUUAGACGAAGAAGUUUCAGAAUUCAGUCCCAAGAGCACAUUUGAUCAUCCGUAUCCAACAACAAAAAUUAUGUGGAUUCCUGAUAGUAAAGGAGUAUUUCCAGAUUUAUUAGCUACAAGUGGUGAUUAUUUACGAAUUUGGAGAGCAGGUGAACCAGAAACAAGAUUGGAAUGCAUUCUUAAUAAUAACAAGAAUUCAGACUUUUGUGCUCCAUUGACAUCAUUUGACUGGAAUGAAGUUGAUCCAAACUUAAUUGGUACAUCAAGUAUAGAUACUACAUGUACAAUUUGGGGUCUUGAAACAACUCAGAUUGUUGGACGAAUUAAUUCUGUUGCGGGGCAUGUUAAGACUCAACUUAUUGCUCAUGACAAAGAAGUAUAUGAUAUAGCCUUUAGUCGUGCUGGAGGUGGCCGUGAUAUGUUUGCUUCAGUUGGAGCUGAUGGUUCAGUUAGAAUGUUUGAUCUGCGGCAUUUGGAACAUUCUACUAUAAUUUAUGAAGACCCUCAACACUCUCCAUUACUCAGGCUUGCGUGGAACAAACAAGACCCAAAUUAUCUUGCUACAGUUGCUAUGGAUGCAUGCGAAGUAAUUAUAUUGGAUGUCAGAGUUCCUUGUACACCUGUUGCUAGAUUAAACAAUCAUAGAGCAUGUGUUAAUGGAAUCGCAUGGGCUCCACAUUCAUCUUGCCAUAUAUGCACUGCUGGUGAUGAUCACCAAGCCCUUAUUUGGGAUAUCCAACAAAUGCCUAGGGCUAUAGAAGAUCCAAUCCUAGCAUAUACAGCUGCAGAAGGUGAAAUCAAUCAAAUUCAAUGGGGUGCUACUCAACCAGACUGGAUCGCCAUUUGUUAUAAUAAGUCGUUGGAAAUACUACGAGUGUAGUAAUACUGCUGGACUGUUAAUGUUGUAAAUGCAUUAUUAUACAUAUUAUUUUAUAUUUUUAUCAAAUUUCUCUCAUCAAUACAAAUUAUUCGACUCAAAUAUUAUUAACAAGACUUACAGUUUUUAUUUGUUACACAUGAUUUAUAAGA